AUGGACACUGCAACUGCACCGCAACAUGUCGCUCAUCAGAAGGGCAACCAAACUCCAGACUUGACCCAGCAGAAAGAAGUCUUUCCGACCAACAUCACCGCAGCUCACUAUGCCAUACUUCCGCAGGCCAAAACGGAUGCCGGCUUCUCCGACCGCGAACUUGUGACUGUCUACAAACUCUACCAGAUCCAGCUCUACAUCAACUGGCAGAUCAGGCAGCUUGGCCCCCGAUGCCUUCGUCCGGACGAGUGGCUCACUUAUGCUUGCGACUUCUUCCAGCCGGUCUUUGCUCUAAUACACACGCCAUCAGGCGAGUUCAACGCUCAGCUAGGCAGACUGAACCUCGAAAUCCCGCCAUCCCGACGUUUCCCUCAUAUCUGGACUCGGAUUGUUGGGGAUGAUUUCACCAUCGACAAGGAAGCAGCCCGUCAUCUAUCAGACACCAUUGCUGCGGUUGUUUCCGAGGCUGCUAUGCUGUUCCCUGACAUGAAAGUCUGUCAACGAUCACACUUACUAGAUCCCUUACCAGGCGGGCGCGAACGUGUUGCAGGAUACUUGUCUCGAAACAUCAACACUCAGAACCUCAGCGGUGAAUCCGAUGUCGCUGCCAUCGAGUGCCGAGACAAGCCAGCCAGUAUCGAGCAUUGGCUCAGCAAAGUUUGCAUAUCUCACGAGCCCGACGCAGUCGAGCAGGUAAAUCUGUGCAUCAACAGCACCCCAUCCAGUCACGAUGCCCCCGUUGGCGACCCGGGAAACGACUGGGCCAACAUCGGCCUCGGCGAAAGCGACAUCAACCCACUCGCCAUCGCGUUCGACCCCGAGCACAAAAACAACACGAUUAGAGACUCGGUGCUGGACCGGGACGGCAUCGAGUACUUCACCAGCGCCGGCGCCUUCUGCGCCCGCCUCCACCUGCUCGAGUGCUCCGGGGUUCUCAGCAUUAGCGACCCGGACUUUGGCGACGUGCUUCAGGGAAUGCUCCGCGGUUCCGCGCUGUGGUGGUUCAUCAACGAGCUGGAGGACGAGGAGCGCGAUGCCCUGCGGACGACGUCGGUCGUGGCGCUCGGCAGGGCCAUGAUGUGGCGGUUCCCGGCGCUGAGCGAGGGCCAGGCGAGGAGGUUUCUCGAGGACCGGGACGAAUGUCUGGCCGUUCUCACCGCCCAAGGCUGCUGCGAGUGCGUGGACCUGCUUCGGAUCCAGAUUAUGCAGCUGUGCAGAUACGCACAAGUCGCCGAGGUUGCCGAUCGGCCCGGUACCUACGUCGACAUCUGGGAAAGGUUGGAGCCCCAGCUGCGGCAGUUCUUCGACAGGCCCGACCCGAGCACAUGUGACCACGACAGCUUCGUGGCUCUAGUCGACAAGGGACUCGUCAAGGCACUGAAGGGGGAGAAGGCUCUCUUGGACGAGGAAAACCAGGUGGGUAAGAUCGGCAAGCCGGACCGGCUGGGCCGGAAGGGCUCGGCUCUGAGCCAAGAUGUGCCAACAGGCACAGAGGGACAGGAAGACGAGGUGGAGAGCGAUCAAUCUUACUGCAUGUGCACAUCGUGUUGCAAAAAGCUAGCCCGUCAGGGUUUCAAUGAUAUUGGCUCCUCGGCUGAACAUAACGCCGGGUUUCGUAUGCGCACAUGGCCGUUUCUAGGUCGCCCCCUCGUUGAUUGA